AUGCGAAGAAGAAGAAGAAGUAAGCGAAGAAGAAAUGUUAGCGCGCGAGCCCGGAGCAUCUGUGUCACACCGGGACUGGUGAUCACCUGUUCCGCUAUGUUGCUGAGCCGCCUCGACGGCCCGGUGAAGCUGCUGGUCCGGGCCCUGAUGUGCGGAGCCUCCGGUGCGUCCCGAGCUCUGAGCGUCUUCCGCCGGCAGCACCGAGCCAACCCCGACGUGUCGCUGUGUGGCUUCAUACAAACACUCUGCGAGGACGCGGUCGCCUGUGACGCCGGCCCACUGACUGUCAAACCCUUGGUCUGCCUGUUUCCAGCGCUGUUUAAGCAGAACCUGCUGUCCUUCAUCCACCUGGCCAGCCCUCUUCUUCCUCAAGCCUCUGUCCUUCACCUGCUAAAAUGCCUCAGUCACGACCCUCAUCCCAACCCCUGGGUCACCUCUCUGAGCAGACAGCUGGAGCGGAGCCUGGGGUUGUUCCACGAGGAGCCUCUGUACAGCUCUCAGUGUGGCGAGAGGCUCCAGGAGCUGUCGCAGCGUCUGCGUGGUUUUGGUGCCAGCGGAGGGUGGACGUGCUUCACCGAACACACGGUAGAAUCCACAGCUCAGGGUGCGUCGGGUUUGCUAGAGUUGAGCACGCAGAGGAAGAGGAAAGGUGAUUUUGACUUGGACCCAGAUGGAGAAGAAAUGGGACAGCAGAGUAAGCGGGUGAAGGUAGAGGUCUGUGGUGGUGAGCCUGUUGAGGCGGAAGAAAGCGGCGCGCGUGAGAAGGAGCCGGAACUGUUCGAAAAAAACGUCUGCAGAAGUCCUGCAGAAGAGCUGCAGCCACCGAUAGCCAGUACGUGUGAUGAUCUGCCUGAACACAUAAAGGUCUCCGUUCUUCACAUAAAAGAGUUAUUGGAAAGCCAGACAGAGUGGGAGCAGAGCAGCACAGAUAUGUUCAAAGUGCUGAAUGACUGUGACCCUGCCCAAGUGGACCUGUUGUGUAGCACACUCAGGUUUUCAGAAUUACCAGAGCACACUCUGCCUAUACUGUGCAGCGGCGUGUUGGCUCUCACUCCAGACCUCAGCUUCAGCACGGCAGCGACAGUCAUCAGAAGCCUCCUGCUGGAGAAGGUCCGAUCCCUCUCCGAAUCGGCCUCCAGAUGUCUGGUCAGCACAGCGUCGUCACUGUGUAGCCGCUAUCCCAGGCCAAUGUGCCACGCUCUAAUUGGACCAGUUAUAGAGGACGUGAACAUAGGCAAUGCACAGGUUGAGCUGCUGAAAAGACUAAUAGAAGACUGCCUGGAUUCCUACUACAGACUACUGGUGUUUCAAAUGACACUGAGAGUUAAAUGGAGUGAAGCCAUGCUCUCUAUUAUCCACAGCUUGCUAGACUCCAAGCCUGACUUGAAUGAAGAGCUUUUCACACAGUUUAUUGAACAUCUUGCCAGUCAGGGCUCUCAAUUCACAAAGUCUAUGAAGUUUGCAAAGAUGAUGCUGACAGUUCUCACUAAGUAUACCAGCAAUGUAAAUACUGCACACAAACACACCUUGAAUGGCUGCCUGGUCUUAAAUGAAACCUUCCUCAAAAAGUCUCUUCAAUCUGCUUUGAAAAGAGUCACAAACAAAUAAACUACCGCAAUCUCAAGGCUCCAUCAAAAGCAUUUGCAGCAGUGUACUUGAUGUAAUACAUUGUGUGUAAAACAUGAACUGCCGAGCGGAGCAAGCAUUGUCAGUGUUUAAUAAGCUACAGUAUUUAUCAGAAAAUUGUUGUAAAGAUGAUUUUAUAUAAUAGUUGUAUUGUCAAAAGUUGUCAUAAAUACCUAAAUGUUUUAGGUAACAGUUAAUUACCUGAUAUUUGUUCAUAAUUAAUUAAUAAAUAAUUAUACUUUUUUUUCCAGAAUUAAUAAUUUGUUUUUUAUUCCACUAAGCAGCGGUGUGUAGUUCAAGGUGAAUGCUCUGUCAUACAUAUAAACGAUUAAAUCUGAAGCUUUUCUACCUAAAGCUA